GACGGACGCAGAUUAAGAGGAACGCUGUUGCCACGGUAGCGCUUUGGCGUUACUUUGUAGGCUUAUCAAUUCUGUCAGACUUUCACUGUUAAAAAGAGGAAUAAAUAAACAGAGACGAUCGAUAAAAGCCGUCAUCAUAAAGAUUUAUCCAGAAACCAUGCAAAUGAAUUUACUCCUAGCAAAACGCUGCAAUUUCGGACUGACUGCAUCGAGUUGAGUUGUGAAGCUGGAUAAACAAGCUAACGUUAGCAUGUAACUACGGAAUCGCUUCAUAACUCAAAACGCAAUGCUGGUGCAUUUAUAUGGAUUAACACUUGACUGUUUACGAAGCAGACGUGUUUGAUCGAAGCAACGAAAGCAAGCGCCGUUUCACUUGGCUGGUUUUAAAGCGAUGAUGUGAUUGAGUCGAGGGCGCACUGACAUGUCCUGCAGCCAUCUCACACCACAGACCCAGCAGUUCCUCACCACCUGUGGGCUUUAUGGCAGAAAGAUUUCCUCUGGCCGAGAAGGCCAUGUCGGACGGUUUUGCUCGACUCCGGUACAAAGACACAUCGCUGCUUAUUUGGCAGCAGCUGGAGCUCGAAAAAACACCGACCAACUACCUGAACCGCAGCCGCAGCGCCUGGUACAGUCAGUACGGCAACCAGGCCGUGGUGCUGCGGGACAAAAACACGCUACACGAGCCUGAAAGCGGCUCCCGCAUAUGUUCGGUUAUGUGACAGUGUUACUGGAUCCUAACAGUCCUUAUUUGUGGACAGACAGUUUUUGAUACAUGGACAUAGAUGAGCAGAAAUCUAACGAGAUGCAUGUUAGAGGUUCCUCUUGUCUGAAUUAUAUUUCUGAGACUCUCAGUUGUCGUACAAAAAUGACAGACCAUCAACUGAAAACAUUACAUGCAUGCACACCUCUGUUCUGCAGUUUACUAGCUUUACACAGUAUUUUACAGUGUUCACUCCGUUAUACACAAACCAGUAAAGCAAAUGAAAGUGAUUGAGCGUAGGCUACACCAUUGUUUUUUUUCCUGUGAUUUAUUUACAAAUAAAAUAAAAAAAAAAUAAAGGGGGCCCACAGUCCAAUUUAGGAAUUAGUUGAGUUUCUGCAUCAGUCCGUUUUACAGCAGCUCGAAACUUGCUUUAGCUGACAGCGCUUAAUAUUCAGCUUGACUAACAUUGAUGGUUUUACAUCAGUGGCUCAUGUGUUAUAGUUUAAAAAAAAGUUUAAGAAAUAUACUGCAAAUCAACAUGCAAUACACAAAGGUUGUUUUCAAUCAUAAAAAAAGGAACUAAAAUAUAACCUAUUUAUACCCAAAGCAUCAACUAAUAGGUGAAUAUCCAUGUACAGAUCAUAUAACUUAUAUAUUUAUAUUUAAGCCUUUGUAUGGUUGACAUUUUUAUUUAAAAAAAAAAAAAACAACUUAUGCUUUUUUCCUUUUGUUUAGUGGAAGAGGAAGAGAUAUGCCAGUGACGACCAUGGGGGAAAAGUAACACUCAACAGAGAGAGAGAGAGAGAGAGAGAGAGAGAGAGAG